AUGGCUGACCGUUCGGAAAACGAGGUGGGGACUAAGUUGGAUCGUUGUUUCGCCGACUCGUUGCUUAAGAUAGCCGGUGGAAUCGCCAUUGGCGUCGUUUCUUCAGUCGCCCUUUUUAAAGGACGCACUGCGCCUGUGUGGCUUGGAACUGGAGUUGGUAAGCUUGCCAAAUGCUUUUGCUUCUCAAAUGCAAAAGAUCCUCAGUAAUAUAAUUACUUUAGGUAUUGGAAUGGGAUGGAGCAACUGCAGACACGACCUCAACCAGCCGUAUCUUCUCCAUGGCCAGAAGGUAAAGGUCGGCCAAGAAGGAGGAAAACCCGUUUAUCAAAUCGUCGUUCAGCCGACCAAAGUCUAG